AUGACGAUCACCGCCAUCAACGGCACUGCUGUCCUCGACUGCGCUCACAGCGGCCGUGCGUUCAACAUUGUCGCCGGGCCGCCGUUGCCGCCGGUUUCGGUUACGCUGCGCGGGUUCACCGUGCGCAAUGGCCGAGCUGAGGCUGGAGGCGCCGUGGCCGCCGUCGCAGCACACGGUGACGCCGAGGCCCUGGAGGUCAACAACUCGUGCAACGACCAGGGCGGCGCCGUGGCGCUGUCGGCCAAUGACGCGGAGGCGAGCGCGUACGACUUCGUCGGCAAUCGGUUCGAGGCAAACGCGCUGGUCACCUACGACAACUACCCGAGCUCGAUCCUUUACGGCGCCGGCCUGGCCGCCGAAGUGCUCGCCGCCAACGACAGCGUGUUGCGCUUCCGCGACAACCUGCUGGUGCGCAAUACAGGCUGCAACAACUUCACCGACCCCGACUCGGGCUGUCCCAGCGCGCUGGGCGCCGGCCUGGCGCUCCAGCUGGACUGGGUCACCAACGUGAGCCUCGAGUUCGUCGCCAACCGAUUCGAGGCCAACGCGGCCUCGCAGGGCGCCGGGGUCUUCAUGGAGUGCAACGACUACGACCAGGUGUCGGCCAGUUUCCUGGACAACGCAUUCCUGGGCAACGAGGCCCAGGCCAAUGGCGGCGGCCUUGCCCUCUUCUAUGGACUGGACGAUGUCGACUCGUAUCAAGGCCGCGCAAGCCUGGUGCUUGAUUCCAAUGUGUUCCACGGCAACAACGCCUCAAGCGGCGGCGCGGCGCUUAUCCAGCACGCGCCCGACAGGGAGAGGUUCCAAUGCAACCAGUGGCUCUAUCGCGGCUCGACGACCCUGACCAACAGCGAGUUCCUGGGCAACGCGGCCCUGGGCAGCGGCGGCGCGCUGUUCCUCACCCAGGGCACCACCACGCUAAGCAACUGCUCUUUCCAUGGAAAUCAGGCCAUGGUCGGGGGCGGGCUAUCGCUCAACUCCGAUUCGACAGCCAUCUCCAUCGACACCAGCCUAUUCGCCGACAACCGGGCCUCGUUCGCCGGCCACGACCUGUGGUCGGGCAGCUUCGGCGCCUUCACCAUGACCGACUCGACCCUGCAACCGGCCGGCAACAGCAGCGGCGGCAACCGCGAGGGCCUGGUGCUGGUCAUCCCGCACGUGGCCCAGGCCUACGUCGACGACACGCGCCUCACCUGCGCUCCGGGCCAGCAGGUGCAGAACCAAAGCUCGCUCGCGCCGUUCAUUCAACCGUGCCAGAACUCGCUGGGUGCUGGCAGCGCGCUGGUCUCGAUCAACCUCGGCUGCGCCAGCUGCGCCUCGCGAUCGUACAACCUCGUGGCUGACUCGGUCCAGCUAUCGACCGGCGACGACGAUGACGCAGUGACGACGGCGGCCGCGGCCAAUAGUAACUACACGUGCCACGACUGCCCGGGUGGGGCCGACUGCCCGCUGGGCGGGGCGGCGGUGCGGGUCCUGCCGGGCUUCUGGUGCCAGCGCCGCGCGGCCGACCCGAGCGCGCUGCAAUGCUUUCGCUGCCCGCCGGGCUACUGCUCGAGCGCAAGCGACCACCCGCGGUCCUGGGACGACGCCUGCGUCGGGCGGCGCACCGGCCCGCUGUGCGGCCAGUGUGCCGCGGGCUUCAGCGAGGCCUUUGGCACGGUCGAGUGCGCCCCCGACGAUCAGUGCGACGACGCCGCGUGGCUGGUGCCCGUGGCGUUGGUCGUCGGCGCGGCCUACGUGCUGCUCGUGCUCUGCUUCCAGCUGCGCCGCCACCCGCUGUGGAAGUCGAUCACCUACUUCAUGCAGGUGGUCCCGCUCAUCGCCAGCCUGGACAACCCGGGCCUGCGGGCCACGAUCGGCCUCUUCGCGCUGGACCCGAGCGCGGUCGGGCUGCACCUGAGCGCCUGUCCGUGGCCCGGCACCACGGCCGUGGCCAAGAUGACCGCGAGCUAUGUCAUCCCCGCCGUGCUGCUUGCCGAGCUGGCCCUCGUGUGGCUCGGCCACCGGGUUGUGGUCGGCGGCUUCGUGCGAGCCGUGCAGAGUCGACGUCGCCGUGGGCCACUCCUUCAACACCAUCGAGUGAACACUGCCGCCGAUUACAAUUACGAGGACGAUGACGAUGACAAGCCGCAAUCCACUGAAGGUGGCGAUGACGUGGCAUCGACGACUGCGGCCAAGGCCACGACCCCGUACGCGGCGGCGGGAAUGGCCCUCGGCCUGCUGCUGUACCAGUCAAUCGCCGGGACCACGCUCGCGCUGCUCCACUGCGUCGAGGUCGACGGUGUGACACGGCUCUUCCGGUCGGGCGCCGUCGAGUGCUUCGCCGGCUGGCAGUGGGGCCUCGUUGCGGUGCUGGCCCUCAUCGUCGCGCCCUUCCCCCUACUCCUCCUCGCGGCCCGUAUCGUGCUGGGCCGCUACCGGGCCACCAGCGCGACGGCCCGCGGCGUGCUGGGCGUGCUCGAGGGACCCUACCGGCCAGGGCGCCGGUGGUGGGAGAGCGCCAACAUGGCCCGGCGGCUGGUGUUGGCCGCGCUGGCCACUUUCGUGGUCGAUCCCGUGUGGCGCGCGAUGGCCCUCUUCGGCGCGUGCCUCGUGGCGCUCCUGCUCCACGUCCACCUGGCCCCGUUCGCCAGCCGGGCCUACGGGUCGGCCGAAACGGCCUUUCUCGCCAUUCUCGCGGCCAUCGCGGCCCUGCAGGGUCCGCUGGCGGCCUACGCUCAGCUGGGCGCCGGCCUGGGCGGCUCGACGGCGACCAUCAUCGCCAACGACGUCCAGGUGGCCCUCACGCUGCUCCCGCUGGCCUACUGCGCGCUGGUCGCCCUGUGGCUCAACGCGCGGUGGCUCGUCGAACCGCUUUUGCCCGAGCUGGUGCGGCGCUGGUUGGGCUUCAUCGCCAACGACGACACAGAGAACGCGAUCGAAGAGCUGAGCAUGGCCGAACGCAGAUUUGCUGAUGAACGCCUCGCACUACUGCACCAGGAUUGA